AUGGAAACACCUAGUUUUUAUCAUCCAUGUCGCGAAAUUCUACAAGAAUUAAUGAAGCAAGAGAAUUCAUACUAUUUUUUCAAGCCAGUUAACCCAGAAGAUACAUCAGCACCAGAUUAUUACUUAAAAAUACCUAAGCCAAUGUGCUUUUUCAUGAUUCAAGAGAAAUUAGAUAACAAAGAAUAUAAAACACCCGAAGAAUUCGUUUCAGAUGUAAAUACAAUUUGGCAAAACGCAAAAAUAUAUAAUGGUCCUCAUCACUCAAUUUCUCAAGCUGCAAAUCAAAUGUCAAGAAAGUUUGAGAUACUUUUAACUGCAAUGCCUAGGACUGUAUCUGGUUCUGCAAAGAAUACAGAUUUACAAAGAUAUAUUGAACUUAGAUUCGGACGAUAUCUUAUGAAUAAGACUACUCAUGAGUAG